AUGGAGGGCCAGGGCGAGCCCGAUGACGACGGCUCGUGUUCACCUAUAAUAUCUACUCAUAAAUCCGACAUCGGAAGUGGAAAAAGAUUGCUUAACGUGUCCGCGACUCAGCAAAACCCUGACGUAAACAAAAGUGACUUGCCGAUUUCUUCUGUGACCGUGCAAAAUACUGUGCAAAUUCCUUUCACAACAGAUAACAAUAACGUGACGAAUCCGGUCGCUAGAAAUGAAAAUAUAGUGUCGUCUUAUGCCGCGAUAAAUAAUCGUGUACCGGUUUCUGCCGUGAUAAACGAUAAUGACGUGCAAACUUCCACCGCGACCAACGCUUCUAAUAAUGAAUCUAAUCGAAUAUUAUCGUCGUUAGCGGAUAUAUUACAAAGAUUAACAAACCAACAACAAACAAACAUGAAUACAAAUAAUGAAAUGUUAGCCGGUAUUUUAACAAAAGCUGUCACUUCAUCACAGCGCCCAAGACUAAGUGAUAUUUAUAUUGCGCCAUUUAACCCGGACGGUGAGGUUCCAGUUAGGGAUUGGUGCGAGCAUGUAGACAGGGCUAAACAACAUUGGAAUCUAACGGAUUACGAGAUUUGCACUAAGAUUGCUGGCUUAUUACAAGGUCGAGCGAAGACCCUCGGAGAUACGUGGCUUGUAAAAUCCCCACUUUGGAGCGACAUGCGAAAUGCUUUAGUGCAGACGUUUGAACCUGAAGCACGGUAUUCAAAUGAUAUAGUGAAAUUACGUAACUUCAAAUUCGAUGCGUCAAAUCCAUCAGAAUCUAUUACACGGGCGUGGACUAUUUGGAAGAGAAUUAUGAGCGGUGAUAGGGAAAAAGAUGCUGUCGAAGCAAUUAUAGGUUGUAUUGAUAAUGAAUACUUGCGAUUACGUCUGAUAUCUAGUAAAUGCACGACCGUACCUGAAUUGAUCUCUGUUGUGUCAACUACAAAACCCCGCGAAUCCAAGAGUAUUGAACCACCAGCAAAACGACCUAGGCUUCGCAAUAGUCGAGACGAAUCGCUCCUGUCUUGUUUCAAAUGUGGCAAGGUUGGCCAUGUGCAAUCAAAUUGUCUCAAUAGUAAAGUUACUGGACCUAAGCCUCUGUUAACCAUUGAUGACUCAACAGUGAGCACAAAACCCUUAGAAAGGCAACCAUCAAAGUGUAAUUAUUGUGGGAAAUUAGGUCACACCGAAACCGUCUGCUUCAAAAAACUCAAGGACAAUGGUGAAAAAAAUAGCUUAGAUUACAGUUAAGUCUAACGUAUCCAUUCCA